AUGCCUCUGCUGUCGAAGAAGCCCUGGGAGUCCAAGGCCAAGGGGCUGGUGCUGGGCGCUCUCUUUACCAGCUUCCUGUUGCUGCUCUACUCCUAUGUGGUACCGCCUCUCCACCCCAACGUGGCCUUCACGACCUCGGAGCCCGCAGCGCCCUGCUCCCCUGCUCCCAGUGAGUCAGAGGUGGCCACUCCCGGCAACGGCUCUGCCGGAAGGUGCCAACCUCGGCAAGACAUCGUGUUCAUGAAGACGCACAAGACCGCCAGCAGCACGCUGCUCAACAUCCUCUUCCGCUUCGGCCAGAAGCAUGGGCUCAAGUUCGCCUUCCCCAAUGGCCGCAACGACUUCCACUACCCGUCCUACUUCACACGCAGCCUGGUGCAGGACUACCGACCCGGGGCCUGCUUCAACAUCAUCUGCAACCACAUGCGCUUCCACUACGAAGAGGUGCGCGGGCUGGUGCGGCCCGGCGCCGCCUUCAUUACCGUCAUCCGCGACCCCGCGCGUCUCUUCGAGUCUUCCUUCCAUUAUUUUGGGUCUGUGGUGCCGCUCACCUGGAAGCUGUCGAGCCACGACAAGCUGGCAGAGUUCCUGCAGGACCCUGAUCGCUACUACGACCCGAGCGGCUACAACGCGCACUACCUCCGCAACCUACUCUUCUUCGACCUAGGCUACGACAGCGGCCUGGACCCGGGCAGCCCGCGCGUGCAGGAGCACAUCCUGGAGGUGGAGCGCCGCUUCCACCUGGUGCUGCUGCAGGAGUACUUCGACGAGUCCCUGGUGCUGCUCCGGGAGCUGCUCUGCUGGGACCUGGAGGACGUGCUGUACUUCAAGCUCAACGCGCGGCGCGACUCGCCGGUGCCGCGGCUCUCGGGCGAGCUGUACCGCCGUGCCACCGCCUGGAACCUGCUAGAUGCGCGCCUCUACCGCCACUUCAAUGCCAGCUUCUGGCGAAAGGUGGAGGCCUUUGGGCGCGAGCGCAUGGUGCGCGAGGUGGCCGAGCUACGCCAAGCCAACGAGCGCAUGCGCCGCAUCUGCAUCGAUGGCGGCCAAGCGGUGGAUGCCGAGGCCAUCCAGGACUCGGCUAUGCAGCCCUGGCAGCCCCUGGGCGUCAAGUCCAUCCUAGGUUACAACCUCAAGAAGAGCAUCGGGCCGCAUCACGAGCAGCUCUGCCGGCGCAUGCUCACGCCCGAGAUCCAGUACCUGUCUGACCUCGGUGCCAAUCUCUGGGUCACCAAGCUCUGGAAGUUCCUUAGGGACUUCUUAAGGUGGUGACAUACCCUGCCCACUUUCCGGUCUGGCUCCCUGCUGCAGAAGGGCUGGCCAGGGUGCC